UCGAUUUCCAAAUUCUAACCUCAAUCUAGCGGAUUACACGAAAAUAUAACAAAAUAUUUGAUUUUCUGUGUUAAAAAGAAUUUAUUUUAUACAAUGCGAUACGUGUCACAGUUGUUCCAGCCUAUAAUAUCAAUACCAAAAAAUGCUAAUAUCAAAAACACGGAAAUUACCUGCAAAAGUCAGAAGCUCCUGUUAGAAUGUGGCCUGGUACGACCCACAGCGGCGGGUCUCUUCACGUUGCUGCCACUGGCGAGACGAGCCCUGGAUAAGUUGGAGGCUUUAGUACAGAAACAUAUAGAGAGCACGGGUGCCCAGCGCAUAUCGUUUCCGGCCCUGGCGUCGGAGUCGUUGUGGGAGAGAUCAGGUCGCCUGGCUGGUGGGGGGCCCGAGCUGAUGACGGUGAAGGAUAGACACGACAAGAAGUAUUUACUCGCACCGACACAUGAGGAGUCCAUAGCAGAUCUUCUGGCUGAUGUCGGGCCCUUGUCAUACAAGCAGCUCCCACUGCUACUGUACCAGAUAGGCAACAAAUAUCGCGAUGAACAUCGGCCGAAGCACGGACUGUUACGUGCGCGGGAGUUCCGCAUGUUGGACGCGUACGGCGCGCACGCAGCCGCGGACUGCGCACGAGAGCAGUACGAGCGAGUUACCGGAGCUUACAGGAGGCUAUUUGAUGAGCUGCAACUGAAUGUACACCGAGUGGAAGCACCAACAGGCGAGAUGGGCGGGUCUCUGUCUCACGAGUGGCAGUGCGUGGCGGGCGCGGGCGAGGACGCGGUGGACGUGUGUCUGUCCUGCUCGCACGCGCGGCUGGCGGAUCCCUCCGAGAGAGACGCGGAGAGACGGUGUCAGUGCGGGGGGACGCUGCGGCGGGGAAAUAGUGUUGAGGUGGGCCAUACCUUCAUCCUGGGAACAAAGUACAGCGAGCCACUGCGAGCUACGUUCACGCCGGCAAGCGGCGCACCGCAGCCUAUCGUUAUGUCGUGCUACGGGAUCGGUAUCACUAGGUAAAUACACAAAUACACAUA